UGAGGGAUUCUCGAACCAAUGCACAACAUGGCGAAAUCUGCGCAGCUGUUUUUGGUAAUCACAGCCAUUCUAGCGGGUUUAUUCCUUGAAGGAGGACUUUCGCAGCGGCAGAUAUGCUCGUAUUAUGGUAAUGAAAGGAAACCCAAAGAAUCAUACAGCCUCUCAAACUGUACUUGGUACAGGGAACGUUCCUGUUGCACAAGAACAGAAGUGACAUCAACAUUUUUAGGAAUGCCUCACAUUGCUACCUCAAGCGAAGAUUGCCUCAACCAUAUGAAUUAUAUGAUGUGCUACUUCUGCAGUCCAGAUCAGUACAAAUGGUUUAAAGGUGGCAAACUACACAUCUGUAAAAGUUUCUGUGAUGACAUCUUCUCACAUUGCAAGGAUGCAGAGUAUGAUGGGAAGUCCAUAGGGUCAACAUAUUCCAGUGGCAGUGAGUUUUGUAAGGCGCAAUUUUUCCAAGUGGCUGAUUCAGACUGUUUUGAAUAUGAUGAGAAGCUCUUUGGUUCUGCAUCAUUGCACCAAGCUUACUUUCAUGUGGUUGUGGUACUUCUCAUCGUCAACAUGAUAGAUUACUUUUGCUGGACUUGAUAAGUUUCUUAGGCGACAUGUUGAGUUGUACAUACAGAGUAUUCGGCUAGUUUAGAAAAAAUAUCAAUCUUGAAGAACCAAUCAAAAUCUGAUUUAAAGCUGAUCAUAUGAAAAUAACAGAAUGAUUCAUUAUGAAGUUAAAUGCAGAAUCCAAAUAUUCAGUUAUUAUGAGCAAACAUUGUUGGAAGAGGGAUAUAACAAUUACAGUCUUGGGUGGCAAAGUUCAGUGCAAUCACUUACACCUUGGUGCUGAAUUUACACUAUAGGAAAUCAGUUACAUAAGAAAGAGGUAUGUGGAAAUUACAAUCUGGAGUGGACAGAGUCUACCAAGAUUGAAAAAGUAACACUUUCUGACUAAAACUCUUUUCACCUUUUUGAUGUUGAGCAGCAUUUGUGCCAAAAAUGUGUGGGCAUAAGGUUCCUAGGCCCCUAUCUUUGAUGCUUCAUUGGUCACUGCUCAAGCAAGAAUUUUCAUUGCUGUAAAAUUUUGGAUUGAUUAAUCUCAUUUUCAGAGUGGCUAGCUCAAACUUAAGCCGAAAAGUAUUAAUAGCAAUUGAGCUGAAUGUAACAAGUUCACAAUAGUCAGACAUGUGUGCAACAUAUUGAGGAUGUUAUUUUGUAGUUUUGAUGGCUUAGUCUAGAGAAGAGAUAACCACUGAAUUUGAUUAUGAAGAUAGAAUGGGCCCAUUAUUAUGUACCACAGAGGAAAGCUUUUAAAAUCAGUCAGUUAUUACACAUAAAUAGUUUGAGUAUUUACUUUUGAACCCUUGAAUUUUUCCCCUUUGAGAUGUCUGCUACUGUAAUAUGACACUUUCAUACCCGGCGGCUUAGACUGUCUGCGACACAGGUUAGCUUUAAAUUUUCAAUGUGCUAACAUGAUAGCAGUGGAUUUUUUGCAGUCUGGCUUUCUGUUGAGGGGAAAAUUGAACACACAAACUGAGACAAAAGGCCAGAUAUUUUGUUUACAUCUACCUAUGAGUCACGUGAAGUAGUCAUUUUAAAUGCUUUUCAACCAUGGUCAUUUUCAAAUGUAAUAUUAAUAUAGAUAAUUUAUUACUUAUGUAAUCUAAACCUUUUAUCGCAAGCAGUAUUUUCCUCUUUCAUAGAUCUAUGCCUUUCAAUAAAUCACAUAUUAUCAAGUAAUUACCUUACUAUGUAAUUAUGCAUGUACAGACACUGUUUUCAGAUGGAAUCUUUAGCUCAGCCUCUCUAUCAUGAGUUAUAGCUAUACAAUUUCAUCUCAGAAAAUAGAACUUUAUUAAUAAUAAUAAAUGACAUAUACCUAUG